UGAAGUGUUAACUGUUGCCCUUUGCAUUUUGGAUGAAAAUCUGUGUAAACGCUUAAGAAAGUUAUAAGAGAUUCUGAUUCUGUAUAUGAUUUGUUUGAUAGUGAUUUAACAUAAUGAAUAGAAUUAUAUUGUUGGGUUUAAUUCUUGUGGUGUAUUUUGCAAUAGUGCACGGAGAAAAUUUGUUAAAAACUGAAGGAAACCACUCAUAUAGAAGCCAUAAUACAGACUUACAGUUCGAAGCUAGGAGAAGGAAAUAUCAUCAUCAUCAUAAACUAUGGUACCUUUGGGGAUGGCAUGCUUUGGCUAUUGCCUAUUGGGUUAAAGUGAAACUUAUUGUUGUGGGCUUCUUCGUUGGCAGUGCGAUAUUCGUAGCUUUACGAUAUGCCUGGCCUCAUAAAUGUUCUACCGGUAUCGUUCAUGACUCCCCCACAAUUGUUUAUGAUCAUCCGCCGCCUGCAUUUGCUAACGAUCAUGUGCCUUAUUCUUUCGAUCAUUCGCCCCAAUUCGAUCAUUCAUUUUCCAAUUCAGACUCUGUUGAUCCUUAUUCUGCCUACGCUGGAUCGUAUUCCCAAGAUAUUACAUCUACUGCAGAAGUGGUACCGCCAACGGCAGCAGACACUCACAGGGUCGGUCGUAGGAGUGUGCAUUACUCCACAAGAGUGAAACGUCAACAAUCACAAUCCGAAUAUUUAGGAAAAACCGAGGAUAGAAUUGCCGAAUUGAUGUUUGAUUUCUUAGGCCUGGAUUCAAUGGCUUGUCGACGACGUUUCAUCUGUGAGAUGGAGUUUCGAUCACGACUUAAUCCACUUAGCGGUAUGGCUUUUCGAAUUUUGGGUCGUGGUUUUUUUGAAAAUUACAUGAAUGCUCGCAAUAAACUUGGUCGGGCGAAAUCAUUCACUGAAUGCUCUGCGGUUAACCCAGAGUGUAAAUUUAUAGAGCAAAAUUCCUCGGAUUCAGUAUCACCGGAAGAUCCAGAAGAAUCCAGUGGUGCUAUUGCCACUCAAGAUGAAAAUGAAAUUAUCGGCAGUUCAGAAGAAAGUCAAGUUAAUAAUCCUAGCGUUAAUGUGGAAAUUCAAAAUGAAGGGAAUUUACAAGCGGAACGUAGGUAUAUAAAAUUCCUUAGACAUAGUAAUCUAGAUGGCUAAAAUAUUGAAACGAGACGUGGAUUAAACUGAUUGCCCGAAUGUACGAACAACUCUAAAUUAACUUAUAUAUGUACAUAUAUAUGUAUAGCCAUUAGUGCACGUUGUUCACUAAACUUAAAAAUUAUUUAUGUGUUAUUUAUAUAAUCGUUAAACUUAUAUAUAUAUACAUAUAUGCUAACUAAA